AUGAUAGAAAUCACGCCCAGUCCCCCAUUGCACAUUCCCACCCGCAGCAAUCACAGGCAGACAGACACACAUACACACACACCCGCCUACUCACAUACUAUACCCGGCAUACACAUUGUACACACUAUACACACUGAUCUACCAUACGACGCCCAGGCCGCGUCCCAGUACAUUGCAGAUUACAUUAUUGAGCGCAUCAAUGCCUUCAACCCCACCCCAGACAGACCCUUUGUCCUGGGCCUGCCCACCGGCAGCAGCCCCAUUCUCAUCUACAAGCACCUGGUCCAGCGCCACAAGGCAGGCCAGGUCUCGUUUCGCAAUGUAGUCACGUUCAACAUGGAUGAGUAUGUUGGCAUUCCCCGCGACCAUCCAGAAAGCUAUCACAGCUUCAUGUACAAGCACUUCUUCUCCCACGUCGAUGUGAAACCAGACAACAUCAACAUCCUCAACGGAAAUGCCCCUGACCUAGAGGCUGAAUGCCAACGCUACGAAGACAAGAUUAGCCGUGUCGGCGGCAUCGAGCUGUUCCUUGGCGGCAUUGGUCCCGACGGCCACAUUGCCUUCAACGAGCCAGGCUCCAGCCUCAAGUCUCGUACUCGUGUCAAGACACUUGCCUACGAGACCAUCCUUGCAAACUCGAGGUUUUUUGGCAAUGACUUGGACCAAGUGCCCAAGAUGGCCUUGACGGUUGGCGUCCAAACUGUGCUUGACGCCCGCGAGGUGGUCAUCAUCAUCACCGGUGCACACAAGGCUCCCGCCCUCCAGCGGUGCAUAGAGGGCGGUGUCAAUCACAUGUGGACCCUGUCCAGUCUGCAGAUGCACCCGCACCCCAUGAUUGUCGUCGAUGAAGACGCCACCCUGGAACUUCAGGUAAAGACUGUCAAGUACUUCAAGAGUAUUGAAAGGGUCGGGAAGGAGCUAGGGAUGCGCCAGAAGCUCCCCAGAAAGCGCGACUCGCUACUUGACGAGGGUACCUUGCUAGCCCCCGAGGCCCAACCAAACGGUAUCAGGUUGACUGUGCCGCACUUCGAUCUCUCCCGUUCACCCAGUCCAGUGCUAGAACCCAUGAGCGCUCGCUUGUCAGACCAAGAAGCGACCGGCGCGAUACAUCCCAUGGACAUGGAUGAGAUUGCAGAUCAACCCUCGGUCCGAAUGGGUGCUCGCGUCGUGGGCUAACCGUUGCGCCUCUCCUCGCCCCAUACUAGCAGCCAGGAAGAUUGUCAGGAGAACGGGGCAGCUUGACAUUAAUCUUCCGAAGCCCGCAGACUGGUUCUCGGGACAGGGCUAGGUUUCCGCUUCUUUGUUAGUUCGACACCAAAUUGUCCAGGCGUUAAUUCGAGGGCCCGUCCACUGUCUUACGAAACGCGCAAUCCCCAGGGGGUGGCGAAGGACACCAACCUUAAUGUGAUAUGAUUUAUGUACUUAGAGGAUAAAAUAAGAAUGCUUCUGGCCAGAACUGGU